AUGUCGAGCCCACCGGAGACUGCCGAAGAGCAGGGUGACGCUGCUGAUCCGUGGGCGGGUUGGCAAGGAGUGGAGCACGCGACGGCUCAGACCACAGCACCGGACGGUCAAGCUCCUGACCAGAACCUACCGUCUGAGCCGCCAAGCACUACAGAUGCAACUCAGGAAUGGGAUGAUAGCCGGUGGACACCUGCCGGACAGAACGCUCGUGGCUGGAGUUGGGACAGCUGGAGCGACUCCGCCUGGCGGUGGGGAACCUGGCAGGGGAGCCAGGAUUGGUCCUACCGUGCCGACCCAUGGAGUGCCAGAGACCAGAGAACUUUUGCCGGAACCUGGGACGCUCAAGGGGCGCCCCUUGACUCAGGAUCUCAAGGAAGCCGUGACGGAGACCACAGCUCCAACGACAGCGGCAGCGGACGCGCGGAGCCUCCGACCUCUUCGACACGAUCAGGGACCGGGUCGGGGAGAUCAGGCGACGAUGAUUCAGGACCGCCGCCUACUACGCGACCCGGGACUAUGACUACAGAUGGGGUUGGAGCGGUCUCUACUACGCGACCCGGGACUACCGCUACGGCACCGAGCCAUGGAGAUGAGAGCGGCGGUCCCUGCUUGACCGCUUGGAACGAAGAUGCUCGCCAGAACAAGGGCGGCCUCAGCGAGCGAAUGGCUGUUCCUACCUUCAGUGCCGAGGGAUCAGGGGAUUCUUUGGGGCUGAGUGCUCGAAGCUACCUGAGGCAAAUGGACGCAUGGUGCAAAGUGACGCGGGCUCCUGCCAACCAACGAGCCCUUCUACUAUAUCAGUCCCUAGGCGGCCGCGCCUGGGUGGAGGCUGAAGAGCUCAACGUCGAUGACCUCGGGACGGACGCCGGAGUGGAGAUCCUCAAGGCGUGGAUACAAGAACGGUACCAAGAAGUUGAAGUAUCCAAAAUAGCAGAAGCUUUGACGCAGUUCUUUCGGAAGCUGCGCCGCCAACCUUCGCAAACUGUCCGAGAGUUUAACUCGGCCUUUGACCGGGCCUACGCCCGCCUCAUCGAGAUCGACUGCAAGCUCCCGGAGGUGGCCAAGGCCUGGGUGUACUUGAGUGCCCUUAACCUCACGAACUCCGAAGAGCUCUCCUUGCUUGCCAGUGUCAACAACGAGUACGUCGUCUCCAGGUUGCAGAAGGCCGCUACCUUGCAUGAGAAGAGCCUGCAAGCCCCGUGGCGAAGGUGGAACAACGCCCCCGGUGGAGGCGGCGACCGUCGCGGAGGACCCCGCGGAACCUACAUGACCGAGAUCGCCGAGGAGGGGGAAGAGGAGUACCCCGACGGGGAAACUAUUCUACCUGAAGAAGAAGCGGCGGAACUGCACGAGGCGUUCAUGGCUCAAGAGGCAGCCAAGAACCGAUAUCGAGAAGUCAAGUCGCGAGGAUACGGGAACGGCCACGACAACAAGGAGGACUACAAGUCUGCCGCCGCAGAGCGCCUUCAGCAAGCAAAGGCCAGGUCCUACUGCGCAGGUUGCAAGCGCAGGGGGCAUUGGCACCGGGAUCCGGAAUGCCCUCUUAAUUCCGGAAAGACGACCCCUACGGCCAGUGGGACGCCGGAUGCUGGAGCUACGCGGAAGGGCGAGAUGACCAAGGACGCCUACGUGGUGCACGUGGCCUACGAGGUGGGCGAGUGGAACAACGAGGGCCUCUACGCGAUCACGGACUCCGCCUGCAACCGGACAGUUGCAGGAGAAGGAUGGCUCCAGCGAUACCUUGAGGCAAGCCGCCGAUGUGGCCUUCGGGAGCAACUGCUCCCCUGCUCUGAAGACUUCAGGUUCGGAGCCAGCCGGCUCUUCCACGCGAACUACACGGCGACGAUCUACAUCGAGAUCAAGGGCAAGGGAUUUUGGAUCCGAGCGGCCAUCGUGACGGGAGAGGUUCCCCUUCUCCUGAGCAGGUCUCUUCUUGCUUCCCUGGGAAUGGUCUUCGACCUCGAACGCCACACCGCCAGCUUUCGCAACUUAGGCGCCGAGGAGAUCAAACUCCACUACACGGCCUCGGGACAUCCAGCAGUUGCCGUCAAUCCCAAGCCAGCGGUGAGUCUGGAGUUUCCGAGCCCCCAACAGUGGGGCACCCAGGAGAUUAUCAUGAUCGAGCCGACCCGUCAGCAAUACACGGUGUUCAUGGUGAGCGCAAGGGAUGAGCCUCAAGACCCCAGAGUAGUUCAAGAGCCACAUGGUGAUCGCGAAGCCAACAAUCAUAUACUGUUUCCAAAGAAGCUUAACGAUGUAGUCACGAACCUCCUCACGGCCGAUGUUUUGAAUGCUCACUCUUUUUCAUCCUGGUGGAAACAGACCAAACAGAGUAACGACUUCUGGAUCGAGACCCCACAGGCCUUCUCCCGGAUUCAUAUCACGCCUCGGAGAACUUUCUUCUACCCAGAUAAGUGGAGGACCCCUUAUGCCGAACUGAGAGGUCGCUUGCUUGCUGCACUCGGGAGUGUUAGAAGCACGUGGUCAGUGGCAUGCAUGAACUUCAGUGGCCUGGAAGCAGUACAUGACAUGUGGGAACACGGCCUUCCUACCUGCCGCGCCCUCUCAAUGGCAACUCGCCCGAAGAGCCUAUGGGACAUGACGAAAGCCGAGCUGAUCGCCACCGCGAGCGAGGAAGGUGUGACCUACCACUCGUCGUGGACCACCGGAGAGUUACGUUCGAUACUUCAGGAUCAGCGCCAAGCGUCCAAGACCGCCAGUCCUGUGAAAGGACUGUCGUCGAUGACCCUGCCAGAGCUGAGGGUGAAGUGUGCGGAACUGGGACUGGAGUUGCCCGAGAAGGCAACCAAGGGGCUGCUGACAAGGAUGAUCCGGGACCAAGUGACCCCGCCGGACCAGGAGGUGGUCACCUUCGGGCGCUACCGGAACCACAAGAUGUGCGAGGUCCCGCGCGGCUACUUGGAGUGGAGCAUCAAGGAGACUACGAGCAAUGCGAAUGCGUCCCACGAACUGAAGCAGAUGGCGGCCUACGCGAAGGCGAAGUUCGAGAAGGAAGCGCUUGGGACGCACGGGGCGCCCGACCCCGAGGAGAACUCGGUGAUCCCCUACCACCAUCACGAGGACGCGAGGUCAUCGAGGACGUCGAGGACCGGGUGGUCGCUGGUCCAAUCGAGCUCGGCGGGAUACGGGAGCCAAGACCCGAUCCGCCCAGGACCAAAGGCCGCGACCAAAGCGGCCGCGAAGAGUCUGACUCGGAAGGCACCGGACGGAGAGCAACGCCCCCAACCGAUGCAAGCGGAUCUACCCCCGGAAGCUCUACAGGAGAUCAGCGAGCUGAUGACGAGGCUGGCUGUGUUGCGAGACCGGUACAAUCUAACCGAGGACAGCCAGUGA